AACCCAACACGGUUUGAGAGACAUAUCCAUCAGUCGCUGCUUGGUCAACUCGGCGAAAGCUCGUUGAAAAGAAAUAAUGUCGGACAUAGUUUUUCGUUGCAAUUUUGCUGAACAUUUGCGUUUUGGCCAUGUUUUGGAAUUAUCUGGCAGAGCCAAGAAGGAAGCCAAGAGAUUCCUAAUAACACUCAAGGCUGGCGAAGCCACCGCCGAUGAUGAUUCAAAUAUUGGCCUACAAAUCUCCGUGAAUUUCCUCAAGGACAUGAUUCUAUUCAAGAAGUACAUAAACGGUGAAUGGUGUGAUGAGGAAUCAAAAGGUUUUGACACGUCACAGUUCACCAAGGAAUUUCGAAUCUACAUUGUGAUGGCCGAUGAAAAAUUCCACAUCAGCAUCAACAAUGCUCUGGAGAUCUCCUAUAAAUAUCGUUUACGUCUGGGUCUUUUGACCCAGUUGGAAAUUGAUGGUGGCCUUGAGACGGUGUGUCAAGUUGAUCAUCGGAAAUAUUUUCCGGUGGUAUGGCCACCGAUUCAGGUAUUCGAAGAACGUCUUCACUUUAGCGGGGAUGUACCAAUGCCGUUCAAAGCGGGUCACGUCAUGGUCAUUGGAGCUGAGUUGAGUGGCAGUGAUAAUGGAAGUUUCAUUGCCCAUUUGCGGAAUAUCAAUGAUGUGGAAAUGCAGGAGCUUCACUUGAGGGUGGCUUUCAAAAAUAGGCGACUUUGUUGGAAUACUAAAACCAUUCCGAAUGGAGAACAUUUUCGCUUUGGCGAGGAGCACGAAUUAGAUCGCUUUCCAUUUGAGGAAUUUCUACAGCCGUUCAAACUGGCCUUCGCCUUUGGAGAAAACGAAUUAAAAUUAGCCAAGGAUGGUGUCUUCUUGUUUUCAAUCUCCUACAGAUCACCUGACAUUUUACCCCUUAUUGGAGGCCUUAAAUUAUUCGGUAUAGAUGGCCUGAAUGUUAGGGUUGCGGAACUGCAGCAUGUCCAAAUGGAGGAUGUUUCAUGCGCCGGGUUUGAAAAUUACUCUCAAUUAGAAAUUGUAAAUAAUUUGGAUUAAAUUAAAAAUUAAUGUGGACAGACUAGAUCGGUAAGAUCUCGGCGAGAUA